UCCACACUAUCCACCCUCGGAUCAAGAGGUUUGCUUUAGUUCAGUGUUAUGCCUACGCACUUGUAAUAACCGUUUAAUUAUAGGCGAGCUUAGUUGGCGUUGUGAGAGGACCAAGGUGGAAUUUGUUCAGCAACUUGCAGGAAAAGUUUGGAACCUAUUCACUCGCUACAAAGUUGCAAACAACGUUUUUGAAUGGAGGCUUCGGCUGUGAGCGCCAUAGUGAAGUUCGGAAAGGGGGUGCAGGCUGGGUCGUAGGCUAUCUGAUCUGACUUUAUAACCAGACAGUAUCCUGUUGCGAGCAGAGUCAGCUGGCUCACGGAGGAAAGGACGGAGCUUCUUCUCGCUAUUAUUCGGAUCUUUGUCCAUUCCGGAGUAGGCCUAGGCAUAAUUGCUUCCGCGGGAUAGCUGACACAUUACGGGAGAAACUGUACUUUAACUUCGGGUUGGGAUCUCCACGUCAGAAUACCGCGUGACAGUGCUCUCUCUCCGCUGCCUGGACUGGACAGUAGACUGCGGUAAUAUUUUACUUUGGGAGUAACGAGGGUUUGUAUUUAAUAUUUUCGUUUCAAUUGUUUACUGUGUUUAACGUUGUUUUUAUUGGCUAGCCUACUUAAAAAAAAAUUGGACAGAACGUUUUUUUGUGAAAGUUGUGGCUCGAACCUUACAUCAGAUCAUAGUUUAUACACAUUUUGUAAUUCAUUUCAAGAUGGAUAAAUACGACGAUUUGGAUCUUGAGGCAAGUAAGUUUUUAGAAGACCUCAAUAUGUAUGAGGCAUCUAGGGACGGGUUGUUCCGAAUGAAGAAGGAUGCACGGAACAACUCCGACUUUGAAGAAACCAGGAGAGUUUUUGCCUCCAAAAUGACAAAAAUCCACAUACAGAAACAGCAAGAGGAAAUUGCCAAAAACAAUUUGGUAGUGAGAAUGAACGGGGGUCAAAACAGAGCGGCAGACAACACGUUUUACACCAAAGACAGGCCGCCUAUCAAUAGCUACAGACAGGCAGGAGAAGCUGCAGCCAAGCCUCCCAUACUCUCUGGCCCUAUGCCAGGCACCGCCAGUGGCGCGAGUCAGUACGCGCCCAAUGACGCUCUGAAACACCAUUCACCCAGUCAACAGUCAUACGGCUACGGAAACAAUUACGAUAACAAGGAGCGUUUUGAGCCGCAUUCUUACCACCACGCCUUGAGUCCCAUCAGCCCUGGGAACACACACACACUUGCUUCUGGUCACCCUGCCAGUCCCUCGGGCACUUCGGCCUCCUACUCCUCCAGGGGUGGCCAGGCCUCCUCAGGAUCCUCCAGCCCUGGUGGAUCAUCAGGCCUUAUGUUUAGCCCAUCUCAGCAGCCCCCACACCACUCACCAUAUCCCUCCUUCUCCGACAGCCUACAGUCUCCGAGCCCCACUAGACUGCACCAGAGCAAGGCUGCCACCCUACUAGUGCAGCAGAGACCCCCCACGGUGGCUGAUGCUGGGGCUGCAGCAGACUGGAUGCGGAGCUUGGGGAACCCAGACCUGUUAGCACCGCUCCCUCUGAGUGCCUUCACUGGUGGAGCUGACCUGUACCAGCAGCUGUCUCCCCAACUUGCCCCUGUUACACCGCCAACAGGCCCUUACUCAGCAGCAUCCUCUAUGAGCCCAAGAUCAACAGCCAACCAUGGAAAUCUAGACCAGAACGGGCUCUCUCAGAGUCCUGUGGCUUUCACCCCCAGCCCCACCCCUGCUCAAGUGGCUGUCCCAGCCCCACCUGCACCCCCAACUGAGGCAGCCCAGCCCAAAGCCACAGCUGGAGCUUACUUCCCUGCCUCUGCCUCUCCCUCUGGAAUCAGUGUCUCUAGAAGCUUUGGCCAGGGUCAAGGUGUAGGCCAGGCGCAGGGCAGGCAAGUGGCCAUGGGGGUGGAUGUGCCCUCUGGCCUAGACAGCCAGCUGUCCUCUGGUGGUGAGGCAUGCCAACUCCAAUCCCAACCCCAGUCUGAAGCCCCCAGCACCCCCAGAGCUCUCAAACUGCCCAGCCAGACUCUCCAUGUUCAGCCGGAGCAGGGGCCGUCUGCCGCCGAGAUCAAAUUAGAAGCCCUGACCAAGCGUCUGGAGAAGGAGAUGGACGCCCAGCCAAAGGCAGACUACUUCGGGAGCUGUGUGAAGUGUAACAAGGCAGUGUAUGGAGCCACUGAGGCCUGCCAGGCUAUGGGAAGCCUCUAUCAUGAUGUCUGCUUCACCUGCAGCGCCUGCAGCAGAAGGCUACGGGGGAAAGCAUUUUACUACGUCGGUGGGAAGGUGUUCUGUGAAGAGGACUUUCUGUAUUCUGGAUUCCAGCAAUCUGCAGACAAGUGUAACGCUUGCGGACAUCUGAUCAUGGAUAUGAUCCUGCAGGCCCUUGGGAAGUCCUACCACCCUGGCUGUUUCCGUUGCGUCAUCUGUAACGACAGUCUGGACGGAGUGCCCUUCACUGUGGACACAGAGAACAAGAUUUACUGUGUCAAAGACUACCACAGGGUCUUGGCCCCCAAAUGUGCAGCAUGUAACCAGCCCAUUCUGCCUUCAGAGGGCUCUGAUGAAACCAUCCGAGUGGUAUCCAUGGAUACAGACUACCACGUGGAGUGCUAUCACUGUGAAGACUGUCAGAUGGAGCUGAACGACGAGGAGGGGCACCGCUGCUACCCGCUGGACGGCCACCUCCUCUGCCACGCCUGCCACCUGAAGCACAUCGAGCCGGGCUGCGCCUCGCCCACCGCUGCCUCCUACCAGCACCAGUUCUAGUUUUAGGAUAGAACCUGGUGCCACCAGGUGGCCCUCUGAACUAACUGCCAAUAACCAACCAUAACCAAUCUGCCCCAAAAAUCUGUCUAUAAUGGUUUGGAUGAUAAAGUAUGCCUUUACUGUACAUCCCUGAUGUAAGUGAGGUCUCUGUAAGCGUUAAUUGUGCGAUUUGUUGAUUGAUUGAGUGCGUGUGUGGGAGUGUGCUUGUAAAUGACCUGUUAUUAUUUUUUAUGUAAAAAUCAAUUUCUCUAUUGAAAACAUUGUUUAUUAGUUGUAAAGUGUUGAACUUUCAUCUGACACGAAUGUUAAUAAUCUGGAAAUAACAAACUUUUUAUUUUAAAUAUAUAUAUAUAUUUAAAUGCCAAAGCACAGUUAUAUUUUAAUGACUGAUACCAAGACAAUUAAGCAUGGAAUUAUAACAAUACAAUUCAUAGUCUCAAUUAGGUGCAUUGUGUGUAAAUAAAUAUACAUUUCAUGUGCUUGUGUAAAUAUCCUGAUCUUCAUUUUCCCCUUUGUGUGCCACCAAUUUCAGUUGCUCAGUUUGAAUCAAUGUAUUUGUAGAUACUGAUACAGUAGAAAUAGUUUGCAUGGCUUAAUAGAGAAAUUGCUCAGUUUUGUUGUAUGUCUCUGUGUGUGGGUUAUGGUGUGUUUCCAUUACAUUUUAUACUAGAAAUACAUGCAUUGCUAAUAUGUAGGCAGUGUCUAAAGUCAAAGUUAGCAAUUUAAUACACAAACUGUACAUGGUCCUUUAUUAUUCCAUGUCAGUGGGAAUUAUGUUGUAUUACAUUUCUAUUGUUAAAUGAACCCUGGAUGUUCUGUUCCCAAAACUGAUAAUGGGCUAAUACACCACUUCUAGAAUAUACUUUCUAUUGCAUUAUUAACCCAAAUAUGGCAGUUAUGUCCGAGUCAACAAUGUUUCCAAAAUCCCUGCACACAAUUACCACCUAAGUAAAUAGAUAACUAGGUUUAUUCUAUUCCAAUAAACCCCCGAAUGCCCUGAACCCAUUUUGGUUUGCAGUGAUAAAAAAGUGACUCUAAAUUAUUCUGUUUUAGUAGGUUGAGUCUAUCAUAUUUCAUGAUUUAUUAUAUUUAUGCUUGUUUUAAAAAAUUCCCAUGAUCAUUACUCAUUUGUAUUCCAGUGGCUUACUGUAUUUAAAAAUGAUUUGAGAGAUGUCCAUAUGAAAUAUAUAUAUAUAUUAAAAAAUGCAUUGUAAUAGCC